GUCCCCAUCUGCUGAUCACAAAAUGGGUAGACAAUGAAAAUUGUGUGAAAGGAUUUGUCUAUAUAUACAGAAAAGCAGCAGUUACUAGUGCACACUUGUGACCUUACAAUAGAAGUGCUCUCAAAGAGGUUGAGUUUGUGCAAAUAAACAAUGAAGGCAGUAAGUGAACUAUUCAUUAGAUCAAAACCCUUUAUUGCUGUCAUUUUUCUCCAAUUUGGGCUAGCAGGCAUGGAUAUCCUCACCAAAAUGGCAUUGAAUGAAGGGAUGAGCAACUAUGUAUUUGUUGUAUACCGCCACGCAGUAGCCACUCUGGCUAUUGCUCCUUUUGCAAUAAUUCUAGACAAGAAAAUAAGACCAAAGAUGACUCUCAAAAUAUUCACUAAGUUGGUACUUCUUAGCAUACUGGAGCCAGUCAUCGACCAGAAUCUCUACUCUAUUGGCCUGAAAUACACAACAGCAACUUUUGCAGCUGCAAUGUGCAACAUACUUCCCGCCAUUACUUUUAUAAUGGCCUGGAUAUUCAGGCUUGAGAAGGUGAAGCUUACAAGCAUUCGCAGCCAAGCCAAAAUAAUUGGGACUAUCGCCACAGUUGCAGGAGCCAUGAUCAUGACGCUGGUACAAGGUCCAGUCAUUGAACUAUUUUGGACAAAAGGAAAUUCCAGUCAUGAAUCUCAAAGUGGUGGGUUAAAUCUAAGCCAUGCUAUCAAAGGUUCCCUCAUGAUAACAAUUGGGUGCUUCAGUUGGGCAGCAUUCAUGAUUUUGCAGGCAAUCACACUGCGGACCUACCCUGCUGAGCUCUCACUCACUGCUUGGAUAUGCUUGUUGGGAACAGCUGAGGGAGCCAUAGUAGCAAUGGUAAUGGAGAGAGGAAAGGCUGCAGUGUGGGCCAUAAAAUGGGACACUAAGUUUCUUGCAGCUGUAUACAGUGGAAUAUUCUGUUCAGGACUCGCGUAUUACAUCCAAGGAGUCAUAAUGAAAGAUAGGGGCCCCGUUUUCGUCACAGCUUUCAAUCCAUUAAGCAUGGUUAUCGUAGCUAUACUGAGUUCAUUCAUUCUACGGGAACAAAUGAACCUGGGAAGGGUACUUGGUGCUGUUGUGAUCGUUUUAGGCCUUUACAUUGUCCUGUGGGGUAAAAGCAAGGAUCAAAAAUCUCCAUCAACCGAUGAACAAGCAAUACCAACACAGGAAACGACACAUGGAAACAAAAUUGACAAGGAAAAUUUAGGUCAGACAAUUAUCCACAUCAGUCCAUCAAGAGGAACAACUGUUACCAAAGAUGAAAGAAUAUAAUGAUCUUCUCUUCGGGACUAUAUCUUCCAAAUUCCAAAAGGAGGUCGGGCUACAGAGCAACCUCUUUAUCUAGGAAAUGAGCUCCUCUUCAGCUUCAUCUAAGAAUUAAUAGUUAUUAGUUAAAGAUGGUUUAUGUAUGAAGAGGAGUUUCUUUCUGGUUUAAGGCAAGGAAAAAGAAUCUCAAGUCGUCAACAUGUGCCCAAAAUUUGGGCCAGUUAAACAACCAUUUUUUGCAAACUUCUGUCAGAACUAUAGAAUGACCAAACUAUGGUAAGCCAACAGGCUUUUUCUUAUGGUUUGUUAAACAGAUAUUAAGCAUGUAUAAUAACAGCAAUAAUCAUGCCCAGAUAUGAAAAUAAGGUGGAUCCUGAACUUAAGAUCUAA